AUGCACUGGCUUGCCCCAGCAGUUGCGACGCUGCUUCUAUCCUCGCCGGCAGUAUGCGAUAGAUCUCAGAAACCACCAGGCAAAGACGCUAUUCUGCUGUCCAACGUCCAAGCCCUAACGCUACGUGCCAACCGCGAAACGACCUCUCGCCGCGUGUCUGCCAUCCCCCAGUUGAGCUGCAUAGGUCCCUCUAAAAAAAUAUGCGAUCUCUACCAGAUUGAGGUGAUGCGCUGUGCGAAUGAGGGCUACGACUAUGACGCGGAGGAUGUACAAUGGACAUGCUCUGCCCCGCUGCCACCCGAGUUCAAGCUCGGCGCAACGGACGUCGUUUGCGAAGGAUACCGAAACUCUGAGGACAAAUGGGUGCUCAAAGGCAGUUGCGGGGUUGAAUACCGCAUGCUCCUCACGGAACAAGGCGAGAAAAGGUUCGGAAAGGCCCGCAACGGCUACGAUUGGUCUCAGUUGAUGGGCAAUGCGAAGAAGUCCUCUGGGUGGGGCUGGAAGAGCGUUGUGGAGUCCAUAGGAGACCUCAUCUUCUUCGGCAUCUUUGCUGCGGUCUUCCUGUUCAUUGUUGGCCGAAUGCUUGCCGAUUGUUUUGGUCUGCGAAGGAAUCGGGGGGACAGGACGCCUGGACGACGAUGGGGAUGGGGAGGAGGAGGGGGAGGCGGCGGCGGCGGUGAUGGCUAUUAUCCAGGACCGCCUCCUCCCUACAGCAGUGGCUGUUCUGACGACAGUCCCAGCUGGGGAUCUGGAAGUCGGCCUGCUGCACAGGGCUGGAGACCAGGUUUCUGGACAGGAGCUGCGAGCGGCGCUGCAGCUGCUUAUCACUUGGGACGGCGGGCAGCAAACAACAACACCAACACCAACAACUAUAACUCCGGAGAGGGAAGCUCGCAGACUCGUUCGUCGCCGUCUUUCUCAACCACGUCAACCAGUACUGGGUUUGGAUCGACACGGCGUAGGUAG